AUGGCCGCAUCUGCGGCUGAUCUAACGCUUCUGCAAUCUCGCAACUGCGGUUCCCAAUCCGCAGGUGCGGUUAUGACAGGGGAAUCAGCUUCGAUGAAACCUACUUUAGGUAGGUCAAAGCAGAACUCAAAUGCCUCCACAACUAAUUGGUCAUCGAUGAUAUGGUCAAAAGAUGGUGGUUGUCCUUUUGGAACAGUUCCUAUCAAAAAAAUUACUAAAGAAGAUCUUGUUAGACAAAUGAAUAUGCCACCACCAGAAGAUGUCACAUACGAUACUGAGUUGACUACUCUUGCAAUAGUUCGAAUUCUAAAAAAUCCUAAUGACAAGUUUGUGGGAGCUGGAAUGACGCCUAGUAUAUGGAAACCUUAUGCAGAAGGUCAGCAACAUAGUGCAUGUCGCUUGAUAAUUAAGAAAGGAUCAGACAUUUUACAAGUUGGUUGGCGAGUAGAUCCAACUCUAUAUGGGGAUAAUAAGACUAGGUUUUUUGUGCAUUUUCAAGCUGGUAAUACACAUUGUUUCAAUAUGCUAUGCCCUGGAUUUGUACAAGUAAGCAAUGAGAUGCCUGCUGACAUGACUUUCGAUACGAUUUCACACCGUGGAGAUAAGUAUUCAUGGGAGUUCGCAAUGAACAUCCAUCGGAUUUUCACUAGCUUGGCAAGCUUUGCUGAUAACGUUGAAUGGGGAGGCGUCGCAUAUAACCCACCAGGUGUGCGUGAACCUCCAAUGGGCUCAAGUUAUUUUCCCUUUGGAUACUCCAAUUAUGAUGCUUAUUGUAGGAGACUUUACGUUCUAAACGAUGAAGGCACGACAAUAAAUGUAGAUAAGACGAACAUAUAUCUCGAUGAUUAUCGUUUGUAUCGAGUUCUGGAUUUUCCACAUAUAGGACCUGGAGAGUUCAAACAUUGUGUAUUUUAUGGGGGACCGGGAGAGAGUUUUCAAGUCUAA